AUGUCUACUCCCGCAUCCCUAUCAUUAAAAUCGCUCAUCGAGCUGAAUUCAGGGAAAUCGAUGCCAAUGCUAGGACUUGGUGUCUAUAAAUCUGGUGAUGCCAAGGCUUCUUGUAAAACUGCUUUUGAAGGCGGUUAUCGCCAUAUUGAUUCAGCUAGAAUGUACCAUAAUGAAGCUGAUGUGAUCGAAGCAGCCAAGUCAUCUCGAAUCGAACGUUCAGAGUUAUUUCUAACAACAAAAAUCCUCGGUCGAGAUCACGGUUAUGAGAAAUGCAGCAAAGCGAUUCAAGAUUCUAUUGAAUCUUCCAAAGCAGAUUAUUGGGACUUGAUUUUGCUUCAUGACCCAACCAGCGGAAGUCAAAAGCGUUUAGAGGCAUACCGGGCUCUUGCUGAAGCUCAAAAGGGUGGACUUGUAAAAUCGAUCGGGGUAUCGAAUUUCGGAGUGGCUCACUUACGCGAACUAGAGGCUUCCAACAAAGGACCCACACCAGCCAUCAACCAGGUCGAGUUACAUCCUUGGUGCCAGCAAAAAGAAAUUGUCGACUACUGUCGUUCAAAAAACAUUGUUAUUCAAGCGUAUUGUCCGCUAGUCAGAGGGGAGAAAAUGACAGAUUCCACUUUGACCAAGAUCGCCGAGAGGCUUAAAAAAACUCCAGCUCAAGUUUUGAUCCGAUGGUCACUUCAGCACGGCUUUGUGCCGUUGCCAAAAUCUGAUAAAUCUCAUCGAAUAAUUGAAAACUCUGAAGUCUUUGACUUUGAACUAGAUGCGGAAGCUAUGGAUCAGCUUGAUUCACUUGAUCAAGGUGACAAAGGUGCAAUCAGUUGGAACCCAAUAUAUGUGGACUGA